UGCAUGAGCCGGAGAAAGACGGAAAAGACCGAAUGCAUUGCAUUGUGGGAAAAAGGAGCUAGUCGCCAUCUUGCUUUAGCGCCGCAAGUUAUCAGGGUAGAAUAAUAACCACGUUUGAAUGAAUAUUUCUGAGACAUACGAGUGUUUUAACAAUUCAAUUUGAGCAUAUAUUGCAGGUAGUGGGGUGUACGAUUGCGUAGGUGGAACACCGUGUUGUUUAUUUUGAAUAUUUCCGACUUUUAGAAGUAGUUAACUGGGAUUUUUUUUUUAGACUUGAGGUGAUCAUGGGUCGAUCUAGAAGUCGCAGUUCGUCCCGUUCCAAACACUCCAAAAGCAGCAAGCACAGCAAAAAACGGAGCCGGUCGCGUUCACGGGACAAAGAGAGGACCAAGAAACGAUCCAAGUCCCGUGAAGCGAAGAGGAACCGGCGCAGAGAAUCACGUUCUCGUUCCCGGUCAGCUACAGCAUCGACCCGUAGGGAAAGGGAGCGAGCGGUCACACCCCCGGAGAGAAUUGACAUAUUCGGCAGGACACUGAGCAAGAGAAGCGCCUUGGACGAAAAACAGAGGAAAGAGGAAGAGGAGAAGAAAGUCGAAAUGGAAAGACAGAGGAAGAUCAACCCUCCCCUCUUUCUCUCGCCACCCUUGCCGUGCAGCCGGCAGGUGGAGGUAGAGGAGAAGCUGAUCGAGGAGGAGACGGCGCGUCGCGUGGAGGAACUGGUGGCCAAGCGGGUGGAGGAGGAGCUGGAGAAACGUAGAGACGAGAUCGAGCGGGAGGUGCUGCGACGUGUGGAGGAGGCCAAGCGCAUCAUGGAGCACCAGCUGUUGGAGGAGCUGGAGAAACAGAGGCAGACGGAGCUACAGGCCCAGAAGGCCAGAGAGGAGGAGGAACGAUCCAAACGGGACGAGCUGGAGAAAAUCCUGGAGGAGAAUAACCGCAAGAUCGCCGACGCUCAGGCCAAGCUGGCUGAGGAGCAGUUGCGUAUCGUAGAGGAGCAGAGAAAGAUUCACGAGGAGAGGAUGAAGCUGGACCAGGAUCGCCAGCGGCAACAGAAGGAGGAACAGAAAAUGAUCCUGGGCAAAGGAAAGUCCCGGCCCAAGCUCUCCUUCUCCCUCAAAGCCACCGAAUGAGUCUCCCAUCCCUCCUCUCUUCCUUCUCCUGCCCUUCUCAUCCCACCCAGCACUCUGCUCCUCCUCCUCCUCCUCCUCUCUGGAACGCUAGCUGUGUGGAAGGCUGAAUGAAGGGUAGCCCACGGCACCGUCCUGCUCUACAGACCUUUCCCAACCAAGCCUUGGAGGGAGGCCCACCCACCUUCAAACACCUGUCUCGCCGCUUGACCCCUUUGACCCCCCCACAACACACCCAGUGACUAUUGUUUGUGCUUUUUUAUUUUUAACGAUUUGAUCUGUCACUACUUGGUCUUCUUACUGAGUGAGGCCCACGAGCGGUUGAGUGACCUCUGUUUCCACAGGGUGUUCUGUUGAAGCUUAUUAAAACUGUGGGGUUUAGGAGUUG